AUGGUGACACCUCCACCAUCAACAACUGCGGCAGUUAUGGCGGUUGAGGUAUUAAAAAUAACUAAACCUGCCCAAUUCGAGAGGUUGAUUGACGUUCUGCAGCAGAAACCUGAGCUGGCCAGAGGCAAGGGACAAUUCGGUUCCACAAAAAGAACCCAAGACGAAGAAUGGGAAAAUAUAGCUGUUCAACUGAAUAUCAUUGGACCACCAUCAAGAACAGCAAAAGAAUGGCAAAGAGUAUGGAUCCAUUACAAAGGAAAUUUAAAAAGAAAGCUUGCCAACAACAAGCUAAAUUUGAAAACCACAGGGGGUGGUACAUCACAGCAUAUAACUUUAACCAAUCUAGAAGAGAGCGUGGUUGGGUUGAUUGAACUUCAAAAAUCAGUGAAUCCAACAGGAACCGCAUGUGGACUGUACACUUUAGGAUCCUCAUUCUCACCUUAUCUGUGCAGCAACGGUGACGAUGAUAACUUUUCACCACCUGAAGAGGAAAAUGUCUCAGCAUCCACAUCAUUUUCCAGGAAAGCUAAGAAGAGAAAGCCAUUGCAGUCAAUUGAGGAAGAAAGAAUUGGGUAUCUUAAAACUCAAACAGAAAACCAUACCCAAAUGCUGCAGCUGUUAAAGAACAUAGAAAAUACAAACUAUAAAAACUAUAGUUUAAACAAACAAAAGCUGGAAUUGAAGAAAAAAUCCAUUGAGCUAAAAAAGAAAAAAUGUGAAGAAGCUUCGGAGCUCCAUGCUUUGAAUGUGCAAAUCAAAAAAAGGAAAAUCUAAAUCCUGCAACUUCAAACAACCUUCUCAACAUAGCUUUUUUUUAAAGAAUAAUUAGU